UGGUUAUGUGAUAAAGUUUGAACAAAUGAGAUAUGUAUAUGGCGUAAAUUCAUUUGAAUUAUGAAAAGCGAAAGAAAGCGAAUAACAUUUGUUUAAAAUGGUGUAUGUGUCAAAGGCGCCUACAGUAUGGAACUUAUUAAAAGGCGUUGUUUGCAUCUACAAACCAGCUGGAAUUACAGCUGCUUACGUGCGAAAGAUAUUACUUGGAAAUAUUUGCAGAGACUUAUGCGAGUUAGAAACUCGACCGCCAGCAAGUCAUGUCUUUAUAGAAGGCAAUCCGUCAACCUCAUUGAAUGUUCAUGUUUCCCCGAGUUUUGCUGAUCAUCCCCUUGUUGUUGGUCCAAGGUAUCAGCCAGAUGAUUUUCGUUGUACAUGGGGUGCUCCCAUUGGAAAAAAUAUUUCAGGGGUGUUUGUCUUGGGUUUAAAUGAAGGUAACAAAAUUGUUAAGAAUUUACACAUGCAGCGGCCCACUAGAGUCUUCCGACUGAAGGGUUUACUAGGGCAGGCAACAGAUACUUAUUUCAGCGAUGGCAAAGUAGUGGAGAAAGCAACAUUCCGGCAUGUGAAUAGAUCAAAAUUAGAUACAUUAGUUGCAUCUAUACAAGCUGCACAUCAGAAACAAAUGUUUCACCAGAGUGGUGUCGACAUACAGAGCCAAACAGCAUAUGAACUAGCAGUACAAGGCCUGAUCAAACCAGCAAACAGUAAAAUUCCAAUACUAUAUGGUAUAAAGUGCAUUCACUUUGAGCCACCAAAUUUUACAAUAGAGGUGCAGUGUAUAAAUGAACACGAGGUCUACCUGAAGACACUGGUGCACGAUAUAGGGAUGAAGCUGCACAGUGUUGCCACAUGUACAAGUAUACAAUGCAUCCGCUAUGACAGCUUUACACUGGAACAUGCACUACUACGUAAACACUGGACACUUCAGCACUUAAUGGACAGCAUGUCUGAAAGCAGUAGAUUACUUAAGGAGACCGAAGCAGAUAAAAGGCAGAAAUCAGCUUUUCUAGUUAAGAGUGAUAUGAGCAGGCUUAAAGCACCUGUUGUGAAUAAUGAUGAAAUAGAGACUUUAUACUGACAAGAAAUCUCAAAACCACUUGUUAACCUGUACAAGGUGAUCCAUAUGGGUUCAAUAAAAAAUGUUUUUAGACAGCAA